AAGUCCAUCUGUGAAAUUUCCUUGCUACUAAAUAUUCCACGGUCAACUGUUAGUGGUAUUAUAACAAAGUGGAAGCAACUGGGAAUAAUAGCAACUCAGUCACGAAGUGGUAGGCCACGUAAAAUGACAGAGCGGGGUCAGGGCAUGCUGAAGAGCAGUGUGCCGAAGUCACCAACUGUCUGCACAGUCAAUAGCUAAAGACCUCCAAACUUUGUGUGGCCUUCAGAGAGCUUCAUGGAAUGGGUUUCCAUAGCCGAGCAGCUGCAUCUAAGCCUUACAUCACCAAGAGCAAUGAAAAAGCGUUGGAUGAAGUGGUGUAAAGCAAUCCGCCACUGGACUCUAG